UUGCUCAUUUGUAUCUCACUCAACCAAAGCAAACCCAAGCAAUAAUCAUACUCCAGUAGUAGUAAUCCAUCUAAGCAAACCAACAACAAUGACAUACGGAAACGACUACUACGAGGUUGAGAGAGUGGUGGUCCGUGAUGGUCCAUACGGUGCUGAUUACAGGAUUGAUGAAUACGGGAACCGCGUCUACUACCGCCGCGAUGGAUUGGGAAAUUCAGUAACUGAGAUUGUUACUGAUGUCAUUCCUGGCACCCACGCCUCCCCUGACGCAUUCGGAAAUUCCGUAACUGGGAUUGUGACUGAUAUCAUCCCUGGCCGCCACGCCCGCCCCAACGCAUUGGGAAAUUCCAUAACUGGCCUCGUGGCUGAUAACCUCCCUGGCUACCACAGGAGGUACUGAGGGUUGGUACCUGCAUGAUCCAGAACAGAGAAUUGACAGCAACCAUGGUAUUAAUUAAUUUAGUAUAAUAAAAUGGCCUCUGUUAGCCUCUUAUAAUAGGCUAGUCGUUAAGGGCCAUUCGAUACGAUGUGUGCUUUGUUAUCUUGUACUGUAUUUUGUUUGAAUGUAUAUGGUUUUCUAAUGAAAUUAUAAUACAUGGUGUUUGCUUUUAGAAAACAGAA